CUGAAUACUUAUUAUUUAAGAUCAGAAAGAAAACAGGCCAUCAUAUUUUAAAAGGUUAAAACAACUAUUCAAGGAAUAAGAUAACAAACAACAUGCUGAAAAAAGCACUUGCUAUCUACAUUUACGCACAGGUGGCUCUGUGCGUAUUGGUGAGGGCGCAGUGCCCUGCGCGCUGCAGCUGUCCGGAUCCUCCGCCGUGCGCUCCCGGUGCGCGCCUCGUUAUGGAUGACUGCGCCUGUUGUCUAGUGUGCACACGGCAGCGUGGUGAGCUCUGCUCGGAAAGGAACCCUUGCAACACGGAGAAAGGACUCCGGUGCGAUUACGCCCGUAGUGUACGCAGGAGGACAGGUGUAUGUGUAGCUCAUGAGGGAGAUGUUUGUCAAUUGGAUGGCGCCGUCUAUCAAAAUGGAGAAACAUUCUUUCCGAGCUGCAAAUACCAGUGCUUGUGUAAGGAUGGUCAGAUUGGGUGUGUGCCACGCUGUAAUCUGGGCAUGAUGCUUCCGGGACCCGACUGCCCCUUUCCACGGAGGAUCCAAGUUCCUGGCGAGUGCUGUGAGAAGUGGGUGUGUAAUGCUCAGGAUGAGAUCAGCGCACUCGGUGGGUUUGCAAUGGCAGCUUACAGGCAGGAAGAAACGGUGGGCUUUGACCAGUGGGACUCCAGUGUAAAUUGUAUCGAGCAGACCACAGAAUGGAGUGCCUGCUCUAAAACCUGUGGCAUGGGAAUGUCCACCCGAGUGACCAAUAAGAAUCAACGCUGUGAUAUGACCAAGCAGAGCAGACUUUGUAUGAUAAGACCCUGUGAAAACCUGAACGAGCUGAAAACCACAACAAAGGAAGGCCGGUGUCUAAGAACAAAGAGAAGCACCAAAGUCACUCACUUCACCUUGAAGAAUUGCACCAGUGUCCAGGUCUACAGACCUCGGUUUUGCGGGCUGUGCAGUGACGGCCGUUGCUGCACCCCUCACAACACAAAGACAGUUCAGGUGGAGUUCCUGUGCCCCGAGAACAAGAUCAUCAGGAGACCUAUGAUGUUCAUUUACACCUGUGUAUGUCAUCACCACUGCCCACGAGACAACACCAUCUACCAGCCUCCUGCCAGCACUGGUCACAUGGGCCUCCAACUGUGAGAGCAGGAAUAUAACCAGAUGAAAGAAUAAAAUAUGAAACAGUCUGUGAAAUACAUACUGUAUAUGCACUUGUGCUUCUUGAGAUGGGAGUGUACAAUUUGAGAACAAAGUAGAACUAGACAUUUUUGCAGAGGGUCUGGGUAGGAAACUUUUCU